AUGAAGACUGCAACCGUUCUACCAAUUGCCUUGUUGGCAUUCGCCAGCUCCGUCGAGGCUUUCACCACGAACGGCUUGAGUGUUCGUCAAUCUACAUGUACUACCUUAAUGGCUCGGGGUGGGCGAGGAAAGAAGGGCAAGAAAAGCAGAGGAGGAAUGGAUUCUGCAGGGCAAUCCGCGACGGACCCCGGUGUUGCUUCUGCGAAUUGGGUUGCGAUUCCUGCCCCAGCUUUUGACUUUAGCAAGGCAAAGGACGGCAAGGUCGAGCUAUUUGAUACCAACUUGGUGACUCUCAAGGACUCCUUGACAAACCCAACCGGAGCAGUCUCUGUUCUGAAGCACAAGGGCGAAGUUUUCUGCUUUGACGCUGCCUGUCCAUCCUGCAAAAUCCCCCUUGCCAAGGCCACAGUACUCCCCGUGACAUCCUCGCGACCAACACCAACUCUCACUUGCUCGUUCUGCAAAAGCUCCUACGAUUUGAGAUCAGGUCAAAAAACUGAAGUGAGCGCUGAUGAAGCUGGUGGUGGUCUGUUUGCAGGCCUUGCCCAAAACCUUUUCAAAGCAUCAGGCAACACUGACCCUCUCAAAAUUCACCAAUUAGGCGAGAAGGAUGGAAAGAUGCUCAUCACUCUUGACUAA